UUCCAUCAAGGGUUCCACCCUCCUCCGUUUAAUGAACAUCGCAGAACAGGUGCUUGGAAUUCAUUACCAGCCCACGAGCCCAGGAGACGGGAAUUGCACCGGCCCAGCUCCACUGCUCUCCCUCUCUCGGAGGCGGCAGCAGCCACAAACCUCCAGCCCUUUCCUCCCUCUGCCUUUCCCUCCCGGAGCCGCAGCCCGGGCAUGACCAACCCCAGCUCUGCCUUCUCCAGCGGCUCCCUGUGCUCCGGUGAGGUGUCGGGGAGGAUGAGCCGCGGCAGAGCCGCCCCGAGCCCGUCCCCGGAGCGCCGCAGCCCCGACGGCGGCGCCAGCGACGGCCGCGGCUCCCCGGGCAGCCUCCGCUGCCUGCCCCGCUCGCCCUUCUCCGGGGACGGCAGGCUCCCGGGCCCCGUGCGCCUGGACAUCGACACCGACUUCCAGGCCGUGCGGCAGCAGGAGAAGGAGGACAUCAAAGUGCUCAACAACCAGUUCGUGACCCUGAUCGAGAAGGUCCAGAGCUUGGAGCAGCAGAACAAGAUCCUGACGACCAGGUGGAACUUCCUGAAGGACCAGGACAAUUCCCACUCUGACUCGGACAUCAAGGCCAUCUAUGAGCAGUACAUGAGCAAAAUGAACCAGGAGAUGAAGGCGCUCAACUAUGAGCAGGAAAACCUGGAGUCGGAGCUGGCAAAGGUCCUGAGCACCAUGGACACCUUCCGGAGCAAGUACGAGGAUGAAAUUCGUCUUUGCAGCGGGAUGGAAUUCACCUUCAUGGAGCUGAAAAAGGAUCUGGAUGUGAGCACCUUGCACCGAACAGAGCUGGAGGUGAAGCUCAAAGGGCUCCAGGAGCUGCUGGAGCUGAAGAAAACCAUCUAUGAGCAGGAACUGGAGGAGCUGCUGACGGAAAUCAAGGACAUUUCUGUGGUGCUGGGAAUCGACAGCUGCUCCCGGCCAGACCUGGGCAGGAUCGUGGAGGACGUCAGGGCUCAGUAUGAAUUCCUGGCCCUGCGGAGCUGGGAAGAGGCUGAGGCCCUCACCCGGAGGAAGCUCACCGACAGCAGCUCCCAGUCUGGCUCCUUUGGGGGGCACCUCCUCGACAGCCGUCGGGAAAUCGCAGAUCUCAACAUCCAGAUCCAGAAACUCCGGUCCUGCAUCGUGUCCCAGAAGNUCCAGUGCCUGUACCUGGAGGAACACAUCCGUGAGGCUGGCGAGCAGGGGGAGGGGACCCUCAGGGACGCCAAGGCCAAGGUGGCCGGGCUGGAGGAGGCCCUGCAGCGCAGCCGGGAGCACAUGGCUCACCUGGUCCGGGAGUACCAGGAGCUCAUGAACAUCAAACUGGCCCUGGAUGUGGAGAUCCUCACCUACAGGAAGCUCAUGGAAGGGGAGGAGAGCAGCAUGGAGCAGCCCAUUCCCACUGUCAUCAGCGCUGUCCACUCCUGCCCAAAGCCCCUUUCUGCCAGCACCCUGCGGAAUUCGCGGCUGUUUGCCCGGGGCUCAGGGGACACGGAGCCAAGCGGAGGCAGCACCAGGAGCCCCAGGAGAGCCCAGGACGUGCUGGGGACUCCGGACACCGGGACCCAGCCCAAGCUCAGCUCCGAAGCCCCCGAGGAAUGUUCGUAGAAUGGGAUGAACACGGAUCCAAGGCACCUGGGAAGCUCUUCCUCCUGAACUCCAGCCCACAUCCAAGGGAUGAAGGAUGAGGAUCCUGUCCAGGCUGUCCCCUGUCUUCCCACCAUCCCAGUUCACAGCUCCAUUCCCAGUUACAGCAGGAACCAGCCCAGGACUUUAGGGACUCUCCCAUUCCCUUCACCUUCCUCUCCAGGGCUCCCUUCCCAGGGGAUUUGCAGUCACCCCUUGGAAUGUGCCCAGCAGGAGGGAAAUGUCCCUACCCCAGUUUUAGCUGCUGCCAUUGGUCCCUUUACUGGUGUUUCCAAACCCUUUCCCUGCUUCGAGGGUGAUCCCUGAUGUGGCUUCCAAGGAAAACCAUCCAGGUUUCCACACUGGGGAGAGGGAGGAAAACAACCCCAGGGAUGGAUUUGUCACCUGGAUUGACACCCUGGGGGACCCUUGGCCACCUCAGGGCAUUUCUCUCCCUUUGGGGGGACCCUCAUUCCAUUCCAUUCCAUUCCAUUCCAUUCCAUUCCAUUCCAUUCCAUUCCAUUCCAUUCCAUUCCAUUCCAUUCCAUAAGUCCUUCCUAUCCUCCCUCUCUCCAGGCUCCACACAGCAAUUCCAGCUCCUAAAAUUGGGGUAUUGGUUCCUAUUUAACUGCACUGGGAGCAUCCUGGUUUGGUUUGGGAGGGACCUCAAAGCUCAUCCCAUUCCCACCCCGGCCAUGGGGUGGAUAUCCCAGGUUGCUCCAAGUCCUGUCCAACCUGGCCUUGGACACUUCCAGCGAUCCAGGGACAGCCACAGCUGCUCUGGGAAAUCCAUUCCAGGGCCUCAUCACCUGCAAAGGGAAGAAUUUCCUUCCUAAAAUCAAAUCCAAAUCUUCCCUCUUUCAGCCUAAAGCUGGAGAUCUCCCUUGCCUUUGUAUUUAUUGACCUCAGCUUGUACCUGACCCAGCUGCCCCCACUGGCCAAUCCCAAUCCCGAUGCUCCAGACUCCUGGAGCCAGCCCUGGAUGUUCCACGUGGCCUUGGCACAGCCAUCCCUGCAGCCUCUUUCCAACCUCACCCUGAAUCCUGCAGGAUUCCUGACUCCAGCUGCUGCCACUCAUCACCCCCCUCCAAAAUUCCCAGAUUCUGGGUCCCCAUUCCCACAUCCCCACAGGAAAGGAAGCACAGCUCUGGCUCACGGGGUUUGGCUGUUACAAUAAAGUUCUGUUACUCUGAA